CAGGGCUAGGCCUGGAAGCGCAUCAAGGGAGAAGCACUUGGGGGGCAGAGAAGGGCGUGGGUGUGUCUGGUAUGGGAUGCCAUGAAAAGGAGGGGACCCUCCUGAGUAGAUCUGUGGGUGGUUUCUUUGAGAAACCUCUUUUGCUCUUUUAUUUGCCGAUGAGAGAGUCCCUGUGGUCUCUCUUCAAGUUCUGGUAUCUUUCUCUUUGGAUGGACUUAAUCACCUACUACUUCAUUAUAGAACUGUCCAGGGCCUUUUCUGAUCCUGGGCACAAUCGUGGGGAAUAUGUCAGAAAACAAGAAGCAGCCGCUGCUGGGCUUCGUGAUUAAAGCCCCCAAUGGGACUGCACUUGGGAACUCAGGCAAGACUCACUGCCCUUUGUGCAUGGGGCUUUUCAAAGCCCCCAGGCUUUUGCCUUGUUUGCACACCGUUUGCACCACUUGUCUGGAGCAGCUGGAACCCUUCUCAGUUGUGGACCUCCGAGGGGGAGACUCUGACACGAGCUCUGAGGGGUCAGUGGUCCAGGACCUCAAGCCACGCAGUCUGCAGCCGCAGAUUGGUAUCCUCUGUCCGGUAUGUGAUGCUCAAGUGGACCUGCCCAUGGGUGGAGUGAAGGAUUUAACCAUAGACCACCUGGCCAUGAACGAUGUGAUGCUCCAGAGUCUGCGUGGGGAAGGCCAGGGCCUGGUGUGUGACCUGUGCAGUGACAGGGAAGUGGAGAAGAGGUGUCAGACCUGCAAAGCCAAUCUCUGCCACUUCUGCUGCCAGGCUCAUAGGCGGCAAAAGAAAACGACUUAUCAUACCAUGGUGGACCUAAAAGACUUAAAAGGCUACAGCCGGAUUGGGAAACCCAUCCUGUGUCCUACUCACCCUGCAGAGGAGCUGAAGCUGUUCUGUGAGCUCUGUGACCGGCCGGUGUGCCGAGAUUGUGUGGUUGGGGAGCACCGGGAGCACCCCUACGACUUCACCAGCAAUGUUAUCCACAAGCAUGGGGACUCCGUGCGAGAACUUCUCAAGGGCACCCAGCCCCAUGUGGAGGCCCUGGAGGAAGCCCUGGCUCAGAUCAAAGGGAUGAACAGUUCUCUCCAGGAACGAGUGGAGGCUGUGGCGGCUGAUGUGCGAAAAUUCUCCGAGGGCUACAUCAAGGCCAUUGAGGAACAUCGGGACAAGCUGCUGAAGCAGCUGGAAGACAUUCGGGUCCAGAAGGAAAACUCUCUGCAGCUGCAGAAGGCACAGCUGGAGCAGCUGCUGGCAGACAUGCGGACUGGAGUGGAGUUCACUGAGCACUUGCUAACCAGUGGCUCAGACUUGGAGAUCCUCAUCACCAAGGGGGUGGUAGUAGAACGGCUCACAAAGCUGAACAAAGUUGAAUAUAGUGCCCAUCCCGGAGUAAACGAUAAGAUACGCUUCUCUCCUCAGGAGAAAGCAGGCCGCUGCCAUGGCUAUGAAGUUUUUGGGGCCAUCAAUACCAAAGAGGUUGAUCCAGCCAAGUGUGUGCUUCAAGGAGAAGAGCUCCACAGAGCCCGUGAGAAACAGACAGCCUCUUUCACCUUGCUUUGCAAGGAUGCAGCAGGAGAGAGCAUGGGCAGGGGAGGAGACAACGUUCGUGUCGCUGUUGUCCCCAGAGAUAAGAAAGACUGUCCUGUCAAAACAGUGGUCCAAGAUAACAAGGAUGGAACAUACUGUGUAUACUUCACCCCCAGGGAACCUGGGGUCUAUACUGUGCGGGUCUGUGUCAAAGAGCAGCACGUGCAGGGUUCACCAUUUACUGUGACCGUGAGAAAAAAGAGCCGCCCACACCAUGGUGUGUUUCACUGCUGCACAUUCUGCUCCAGCGGAGGCCAGAAAACUGCUCGCUGUGCUUGUGGUGGCACAAUGCCAGGUGGGUAUCUGGGCUGUGGCCAUGGACACAAAGGCCACCCUGGCCGUCCCCACUGGUCUUGCUGUGGGAAGUUUACUGAGAAGUCUGAAUGCACAUUGACAGGUGGGCAGAGCACAUCGAGGAGUCUUCUCAGGACCGUGGCACUCUGACGGUUUUCUGGGUAUGAGGUCAGCCUGUUAAAGCUACAGCCAACAUAAAUAACUUCAGAUCACCAGAGGAACCAAGCCUUAAUUAAUUCUGAAGAAAAUGGUAGAAUUACAAAUAAAGUGCCUUAUCUUA